AUGGGUAAGCGAAGGAAACCCAAUGUUCAGCCACGCCAUUAUGCGACAUUGGGUUGCAGAGCACUUGCCUACUUCGUCAAAGUACCGAUCACCCUCCUCUCACCUAGCCUUCUUCCACUGUAUCAUGAUCCUACUGUCAAAAUACAGACAGGCUCUAGCGACCACAAAUACGAAGUUUCAAAGCACCUCCUUUGCAAAGGGUCUACCUAUUUUGCAGCAAUGUUUGAAGGUAACUUUGCAGAAGGGACACAGGAUCUAGCAAUUCUAGAAGAUCUCGAAGGGGUAGUCUCGGUGCGGAGUUUCGAAGCACUCAUACAGUGGCUAUACCUGCGCAAAAUCCAAUUCGAUUCCAAAGAACCAAAAGAUCGAAUCUCGGCUACAAUAGAGCUCGUCAGACUAGCAGACAUGUGCAAUAUUACUGGGAUGGAAUCUCAAAUGGCUCGGUAUAUCAAGGAUAUACUUGUUGCCAAUCCUGACCCCCGAAGCGACGACUUUUCUGUACGACAUAUCGAUACCAAUACCUAUUGCCUCACACGUCAGCAUAUUAUUUGGGCAACGUUUUUGCCUCCAGGGCAUUUGGUUCGUUGCAUCCUAGCGGCGGCAUCGGUCGAAGGAUACCUUCGAGACGAGAACUACAAAUUCGUGAAGGAAACUCAUGAAUAUCCCACCUUCGGCGCUGACCUACUUCAAGAGGUGAGGUCAACUCUGAGUGGACUCAAGGUCGUUCAGCGUACUUCCACUUUUGAAGACCCUAUCAGCGGAACGAAAUUGAAUAUCAACUCCUGA